UUCACUGCCUCUCCUCGCCUCACAGUGCGGGAAUAUACCAGCGGAGAGCAGAAUGGAUACGGAAGGGAGCCAGAGCAGCCUGUCCUCCAGCACGGACAACUCCCCCCACGACCCCUGCAAAAUGUUCAUCGGGGGUCUGAGUUGGCAGACGACACAAGAGGGCUUGAAGGAGUACUUCUGUAAAUUCGGCGAGGUGAAGGAGUGCAUGGUGAUGCGGGAUCCCGUUACCAAGCGGUCGAGGGGGUUUGGGUUCGUAACAUACGCAGAACAAGCCGGCGUGGAAAAGGUUUUGGCGCAAAACAGACACGAGUUGGAUUCCAAAACGAUCGACCCAAAGGUGGCGUUUCCCCGUCGGGCUCAGCCGAAGCUGGUGACCAGGACAAAGAAGAUCUUUGUCGGAGGACUGUCAGUCAAUACCACCAUCGAAGAUGUGAAGCAUUACUUUGACCAGUUCGGAAAGGUUGAUGAUGCCAUGCUUAUGUUUGACAAAACAACCAACAGACACAGAGGCUUCGGCUUUGUUACCUUUGAGAAUGAAGACGUGGUGGAAAAAGUGUGUGAGAUCCACUUCCAUGAGAUCAACAACAAAAUGGUGGAGUGUAAGAAAGCCCAGCCCAAGGAGGUGAUGACGCCGACAGGCUCAGCCAGAGGCCGCUCCAGAGUGAUGCCCUACGGGAUGGACGCCUUCAUGCUUGGAAUCGGCAUGCUGGGCUACCCGGGCUUCCAGACUACUACCUACACCAGCCGCAGUUACUCUGGAAUCGCUCCCGGCUACACUUAUCAAUUCCCAGAAUUCCAUUUAGAGAGGACCCCCCUCCUGACAUCAUCCCACCCCCCUGAGCUGGCAGCCAUUCCCCUGACUGCAUAUGGACCAAUGGCAGCAGCCGCAGCAGCAGUAGUUAGAGGCUCCACCCCUUCACGCACAGCUGGUUUCCUGGGAACUAGCAGCCCUGGACCAAUGGCUGACCUAUAUGCUGCAGCCAAUCAGGACUCAGGAGUCAGCAGCUACAUCAGUGCCGCUAGCCCCGCCCCCAGCACAGGGUUCGGCCACGGUCUAGGGGGUCCUCUGAUUGCUACUGCGUUCACUAAUGGCUACCACUGAGAAGACUCAGGUCACUGAAGACGGGAGGGCUUCUCCUCUGCUGAUGAGCCAAUCAAAAUGCUGGCUGCCCACUGAUGGCACAACCUGAUUGGCCAGCCACAGGCUCUACCGGGCUCUCCUGGCUCCCUGUGGCUCCACCCACCGACUGAAUAUCUUUUUAAAUCCUGAACUCUGUUUUGCUGUACUAAUCUCACUUCAACAUAACGUCCCCGUCUCUCCUCUUUUGUCCUCAUGUAGUCUAAAAACUAGAUCUUCCCCCUCUGUUAUCCAUUAUUUUCUUUUGAAGCUGAGAAAACUGCAAAAAAAAAAAAAAAAAAUCUCUGAGGAAACAUU